AUGGCAAGCAACUCCUCAGACACCGCCUUCCGCAAGACCUGGGACCGCGAGGAAUACGCCAAAAAAGCCGCCGACGAGGAAUCCAAGCGCAAGGAAGAAGCUAAAGCCCGGUACGAGGCCAAGCUGCUCGGCAAAAAAUGGCAUGCCCCAGUGGACUACAGCUCGCUCGAGGCGACGACCUCGCGGAAGCAGCGGCUCGAUGUCGCGUCCAUGUGGAGCAUUUGA